AUGGAAGAUUUAUGCAAACAAUACAAUUUAACAGAUUCUGAAAUCGGAACUCUAAAGCAAUUUGAGGAAAUAACAAACUCCGAAGAUCAUGAAGUCAACAUAGGUACUUUGAAGUCCUUACAUUGGAAUUUGGAGAGAGCCAUUGAAACGCAUCUAUGUGGCGAACCAAAAGACGUCCCUAUGGAGCAAGAUGAUAAUGAUGAUAUACAGAUUUUAGGAUCAAAUAAUGUUUCUAAUGAUGAUAGUAACAAUUUUCAUACGUCAAGAAGACCUCUCAGAACAUACAUGACUAGAUCUAAUACACGGGAACAGGCUCUUCGUCGUACUCAAGGCACUGAGUAUUCAGAUGAUAAUGAAAUCAACUCCGAUGAUGACUUCACCGUAGAUUCUGAUGAGCUCGACAACUCAAGCAGCUUGAAUAGGGUUCCUCUCAUUCCAACCGAAGUUGAUUCAGUGAUUGAGGCUGUUCAGAACUUUGUCACUGUUUUUAGGGCGAGAUAUGUAGAUUCUACUCCAAGAACUAUGCCUAACUUCUUCCAAGGUUCUUUACCAGAUGCUAUCCGCGAAGCUUUCGAAAGUCCAUCCAAACCUAUCGAGGAACGCCGGCCUCUGGCUAUCUACGUUCAUAAUGACAAAUCAGUGUGCGCAAACAUAUUUGCAACGGAGGUGCUCUGUAAUUCGCAAGUAUCUGCUUUGUUGAAGCAUCAAUACAUUGUGUGGCCAUGGGAUAUUACUUUUCCUGAAAACGAGAAGAAACUGAAAGAUUGGCUUUCAUUAGUUCAAAUGGAUGAAUUGAAUAUGUCAUUGGAAUUCAACUGUCGCUUUGAAAACAAACUUCCUGUGCUCGCGGUGAUCACACGUGAAAAAGGAAGUUUUAAAGCAGUUGAUCUUUGCUACGGCGCAGACACUCUCGAUGUGGUAUUGCAUAAGCUCAUGUCAGGUGUUGAAGCUUAUACUGACAUUCGACUGACUGAAGUGAAAGAGCACAAGGGACGAGUCGAAAGAGAACAAAUUCGUUUGGAGCAAGCACAGGAGUAUGAAGCAUCUUUGGCUGCUGAUAAAGCUCGUAUGGAGGCAAAAAUGAAAGAGAUCGAAGAGCAGAGGCUUGAAGAAGAGAGAAAGCUCAAAGCAGAGGAAGACGAAAAGAUACAUCGUGCACAAUUAGCGAGUGAACUUCCUGAAGAACCUGCAGAGAACGAGGCAGGAGCUAUAGUUAUUAAAUUCAGGCUCCCUAACGACGAGCAGCUGGUUCGCCGUUUCCGAAAGUCGGAAUCUUUAUCAAUUUUGUUGAAAUAUCUGAGUGCUCAGGGAUAUCAUAGUAAAGAGUAUAGAUUUAUGAACUCUGAUUUUCCUAAGAAGGAUGUGGCUAACUGGGAUGGAAGUAAAACGUUUGAAGAACUCAAAUGGCCGGUUCGUGAACAAAUUUUUGUAGAAGAAGUUUGA